AAACAGCAAAAUGACCAUUACCAGAGUGAAUGGAGAACCCCAUCUCUGUUUAUUUGCAAUCAAGGAUAUUGGUCCUGGAGAAGAAAUCACCUAUAAUUAUGGUGACUCCGAAUGGCCAUGGAGAAUCAAGAAAUCCAAAGAAAAGCCAAGUCAAUCAGCAGAAGAGAAUCCAUCAACUUCCAGGUCCUCUCCAGACGACACAUCGCAGAAAUCCAAAGAAAAGCCAAGUCAAUCAGCAGAAGAGAAUCCACCCACUUCCAGGUCCUAUCCAGACGACACACCGCAGAAAUCCAAAGAAAAGCCAAGUCAAUCAGCAGAAGAGAAUCCACCCACUUCCGGUCCUAUCCAGACGACACACCGCAGAAAUCCAAAGAAAAGCCAAGUCAAUCAGCAGAAGAGAAUCCACCCACUUCCGGGUCCUAUCCAGACGACACACCGCAGAAAUCCAAAGAAAAGCCAAGUCAAUCAGCAGAAGAGAAUCCACCCACUUCCAGGUCCUAUCCAGACGACACACCGCAGAAAUCCAAAGAAAAGCCAAGUCAAUCAGCAGAAGAGAAUCCACCCACUUCCGGGUCCUAUCCAGACGACACACCGCAGAAAUCCAAAGAAAAGCCAAGUCAAUCAGCAGAAGAGAAUCCACCCACUUCCGGGUCCUAUCCAGACGACACACCGCAGAAAUCCAAAGAAAAGCCAAGUCAAUCAGCAGAAGAGAAUCCACCCACUUCCGGGUCCUAUCCAGACGACACACCGCAGAAAUCCAAAGAAAAGCCAAGUCAAUCAGCAGAAGAGAAUCCACCCACUUCCGGGUCCUAUCCAGACGACACACCGCAGAAAUCCAAAGAAAAGCCAAGUCAAUCAGCAGAAGAGAAUCCACCCACUUCCGGGUCCUAUCCAGACGACACACCGCAGAAAUCCAAAGAAAAGCCAAGUCAAUCAGCAGAAGAGAAUCCACCCACUUCCGGGUCCUAUCCAGACGACACACCGCAGGACUGUGAUCAUGAUUUAGUCGCUGACGAAAUGUCACCUUUGGAGAAAUGUGUCAUAUGUGGAGGACCUUUUACUCCUCUGAAAUGGAGUGGUGUGAGAUGUGAAGUUUGCAACCAGACCUGGCACAAAAGGUGUUACAAUAUUCACAUGGUGGACAUCUCAGAACCUCAAUCACUGGUUUUAAAUGAACAAAGCUCAAGUGAGGUGGGUUCAUCAGAAGAGGAAUACGUGCCUGAUUCCACAGCUGAUUCAGACAGCUCAUUUGUCAAUAAAUCAGAGAUUUUAAGCAUAAAUCGCAAACGAGUACAGAUCUCGGAGGUUUCAACCAGUCAGUCUGCUUCCAAAAAGAAAAGAUUUCACCAAGAAGAUUCUGUAGAGGGAGAAAGACUGAGUUCUUCUGAAGCUGCAGGGUCAUUAUCUCAAGAUGAACUCAGAAAAAGACGAUUUGAAAAAUCUGAUGCGACUUCAAAUGAAAGAAAUGCUCGCAAUGAAUGCAUGACUGAUAGCUAUAAUGCUCGGCCUGAAGAUUUACCCAAGUCAUCCCUCUUACUCAGAAACAGAAACUACUGCUAUAUUUGUGGAAAGCUACAGACAAAGUUUACACGCCAUUUGAAAAGGCAUGAGAAAAAAUAUGCUGAUGUUGCCCAAGUUUUAAGUCUUCCCAAGAAGUCCAAAAAGCGCUUGGAAAUGCUUGCUAAGCUGCGCAACAAGGGAAACUAUGACCAUAACUCAGAGGUCUUAGCAAGUGGCAUAGGAACAUUAAAACCAAAACGCACAUCAAAGAAAAACUACAAAGAAAAAGACUAUAUUCACUGCAUUUACUGUCAGGCAUUAUAUCUCAGAAGAGAUCUGUGGAGACAUGUUCGAAAAUGUUCUUCCAAACCAGGAAAAGCCACUUCAGAGGGACAUGACAAAAGAGUCUUGUCUUUGGCCUCUAUGAAUGAGUCAGCUCUUUGUCAGCAAGUUUCCCCAGGUGUUUGGAAAAUAUUAGCUGUCAUGAAAGAUGAUGACAUAACAUCCACUGUGCGAAGUGACUUCUCUAUUCUCCAGCUUGCCCAGUCACUCUUUAACAAACAUGGACAAGAUCCCACCAAAUUUGACUACAUUCGUCAGAAACUCAGAGAAUGUGGAAGACUUCUGCUUGUACUUCGGAAAGAAUUUUCAAUUAACACCUUUGAGGAUGCUGUCAGGCCUGCAAAUUUUGAUGUGGUUAUUACAGCUGUCAAGAAAGUGUCUGGCUAUGAUGGAGAAAAGAACUGCUACUCUACUCCAAGCCUUGCCCUGAAGUUGGGCCACUCAUUGCAGAAAGUUAAUGACAUUUUACAUUGUCGAGCACUUAUGGCUCAAGACAGUACACUGAUCAAGUCGACCCAAAGUUUCAAAACCCUCUUUUCUACAAAGUGGUCUGAAUUCAUUUCCCAUACUGCACUGUCAACACUAAACGAGCGUCACUUUAACAAGCCUUCCACUCUUCCCUUCACAGAAGAUGUUCAAUGUCUUCAUAGACAUCUGGAGAAGAUUACUGACGAAGCACUGAAGGACUUGGAGGAGCAUAGUUCACCCAAAUCAUACAGUGAACUUUGCAAAGUCACCAUGGCAAAAGUAAUACUGUUCAACAGAAGACGAGGGGGAGAAGUUUCAAAGAUGACAUUAUGUGGCUUUCAGGGGAGAGACUCAAGUGCCCUCCACAAGGAUAUUGCAUUUGGACUUACAAAAUUUGAACGUCACCUUUGUCAACACUUCAGUCGCGUGGAAUUGAGGGGUAAACGUGGUCGAAAGGUUGCAGUGUUACUUUCACCGGACAUGGUGAGUGCAAUAACACGGCUGACUGAGAAGAGAGCAGACUGUGGUGUACUGGCAGAAAACCCCUUUCUUUUUGCCAGGCCUAAAUGUCUGACUCCUUACAGAGGACAGGACUGUUUAAGGCUUUAUGCAGCAGAAUGUGGGGCUAAAAACCCAGAGCUCCUCAGGUCGACUCAGUUGCGCAAACAUGUUGCAACUUUGUCUCAGAUCCUGAAUCUCAAGAAUCACGAGUUGGAUCAAGUUGCCAACUUUCUUGGUCACGAUAUUCGCGUUCAUCGUGAAUAUUAUAGACUUCCAGAGGCUACUACACAGCUGGCUAAGAUAUCUAAACUACUCAUUGCCAUGGAGAAAGGGUCUCUUCAAAACCUACAAGGCAAAACACUGGAAGAGAUUGAAAUCGAAGAUAAGCUAGAGUUGACAGAGUCAAGUGGAGAGAGCGACAGCGACACAGAGGCCGACGCCGCCGUUGAAGAGGCCGACGCCGCCGUUGAAGAGGCCGACGUCGCCGUUGAAGAGACCAACGCCACUGUUGAAGAGGGCGAGGUUGAAGAAAAUCUCUCAAAUCCAAAGGCUGCACAAAGUCAAAACAAAGAUGAGAAGGACAAGGAACUUAAGGCAUUAAAAUGGAAGCGGAGGAAGCCUGACGGAAAGAAACAAAAACAAUCUGCUGCUGAGCAAGAAAAGAAACGAAUGAAGCAAAUAAAACGACCCUGGUCCAAAGAGGAAGUAAACGCUGUCAUGAGACACUUCAAGGACCAUAUAAUGAAGGGAAAACUUGCUUCCAUGAUAGAAUGUGGGCAGUGCAAAAAGGCAGAGAAUCCUGUUCUUGACAACCGUACCCUACAGAACAUCAGAGACUUUGUGAGAAAUCGUGGUAUUACCAUGAAAAACAAAAAGUAACCCAGCGAACAUUUCCAUAUGGCCCAUAUGAUUUACCUUUGGGCUGAAUAUCUGGGCCCCGGGUGGGUUUGUCCACGAGUUCCGUGGUGACCCCAUCUGUGUUUGCACACACUGGCUUAGAAGGAAACUCAGUGGUCUGAGUUCCCAACGCUAACCAGCUGCUCUGUGGAAAGCAUUGUGUGCCAACAACCUGCCUUACGGAUAGUGUAGCGAGUUAGCGAGCUACACUGUCUAGCGAGCCAGAUUACUCAGUGCCCAUUCAAGCUAGUGUGGGCAAACACAGAUGGGGCCACUGUGGAACCUGUGAACAAACCCACCUGGGGCUCAACAAUUCAGCCCAAAGGUAAGCCAUGUGGGGCUCACAUUCAAAUGUUUGCUAAAUGAAGAUUUUUGAUAUAUAGUAUAUAAAAGUAUGAAUAAGCAGUUAAGGCUUAAAUUUUGUUUUUUUGUUCAGUUGUCAAAAGGUUAUUUCUUUAUUUGCCUUUACAUUAGAAAGAAUAUAAUUUUGAAGUAAGGACUUAUGGCUAUGUAGUUUUUUUCUGAAAACUAUCUUUUACAUUAGACAGAACAUUAACAAUAAAUAAGCACUAGAUUCUUGAAUGUUUUUCCAUUUAAAACUGCAUAUUCUUGUCACCUUUUUGACAAGACUAAGUUUUUUUCAACAUUUUUGCUGUAUUUGCUUUUCAUUUCACAAAUAGAACUGUCAUAAGCAUUUAAAUGUACUUUUUUAUGUUUAUAAAAACAAUGAUUACAGUGAACUACACAGUAUAAAAGUUCAAUAAAAGGAUUUUUGGGUGGGAGGACCCAUCAAGGUCGUUGGGUCCUUUGAAGUCACGUUUUAGACAUGUUUGUGUGUUUGUAUACUGUGGACCUCAUAAAUACUCUUUUUGUCAGAGGCGGGGCUAAUGGAGCUCAUUAAAGUGUCCUGGUAAUGUUG